AUGUCUUCUUCUGAAAACUCAUUGUUAGUUCCGAUCGGUGUUCGUGGCAUGAAAUGUCUGGAUCGUGAGAAAUUCCAGCGUGAAAUUAAAGUACCAGUUUUAAAAGUGACUGGAGACAAAUUGUCCAAAAUAAUCCUAAUAUGCAAACAGUAUUUGCUAAAACUUGAAAACUUUAAGGCUGUUCAAAGUUUAGAUCAACCAACUGAAAACAAGUGCAUACGUUUAGAUCCCGUUAAAGUCACUAAAUGGCUUGAUAUUUUGGAGAAUGAUCGUCUGUCACUUGAAAAACUCAAUAUAAAUGAAGAUCAAUUUGAAAUAAGAAAUCUUCAAUUGACAUAUCAUAACUUUAAAUAUGAUACAAUAUUUAAGGCAGUUUUACCUGAAAAUGAAGAAACUUUAAGUUGUUUUUCUCAGAUUGGACACAUAAUACAUUUAAACUUAAAAGAGCAUUUGCUGGAAUAUCGCAGUCUUAUUGGCCAAGUUUUAAUUGACAAAAUUAAAACAUGCCGUACUGUUGUUAAUAAAAAUGGUAUCAUUGAUAAUACCUAUCGGAAUUUUAAUAUGGAUGUAAUAGCAGGUGAAGAAGAUUUUUUGGUAACUGUUAAAGAGAAUAGAUGCAUUUUUCAAUUUGAUUUCUCUAAAGUAUACUGGAAUCCACGGCUAGCCAAGGAGCAUGAAAGAAUAAUACAGCUUCUGAAACCUGGAGAUAUACUAUUUGAUGUUUUUUGUGGUGUUGGGCCUUUCUCCAUUCCAGCUGCUAAACGUAAAUGUAUAGUCUAUGCAAAUGAUUUAAACCCUGAAUCAUUUAAAUGGCUGAAUUAUAAUGCAAAACACAAUAAAAUCAAUUUGAACUUUAAAACAUAUUGUAUGGAUGGUAAAGAUUUUAUAUGUAAUACUUUUAAAAACUUUAUAAUUGAAUGCUGUAAAGGAGACGAAGAACUGAAAAACGAUAAUAAAAUACAUAUAACCAUGAAUUUACCAUCAAUGGCUGUUGAAUUUUUAAAAUAUUUUAAAGGACUUAUUAGCACAAUGGAUAUAAAAGAUAAAUUUAAUUAUGAAAUAAUUGUGCAUGUGUAUUGUUUUGCUAUUGGGGAUAAUCCUUAUUCUGUAGCAAAGCAAAUGGUUAAUGAAAAUAUGGAAAUGGACAUAUCUUCUAAUAUUAUUGAUAUUUUUGAUGUAAGGAGUGUGUCUCCUAAAAAGGAAAUGAUGAGGGUUACCUUUAAAUUGACUAAGGAAAUAAUAUUCUAUCAAAACCAUGGAAAUGAAGUAGAAGAACCCCCAAAUAAGAAAAUAUGUUCAAGAGAAAUAGAUAAU